AUGGACUACAAUAUCAAUAAAUGUAUCCCACAGUGGAAUCCACACUCUAUGAUGCACUUAUUAAAACAGAAUUUAGUGUCUGAAUUAAAUGCAGAUAGCAUUAAGAAGAUAGGAGUAAGUAGAGGAGCAAGGACAGAUCGAGGAGUGCAUGCAUUAUGUAAUGUAGUCUCCUUGAAAUUGCAAAUUGAUCAAAAAUAUUGCUCAUCUAUGACCAAUAAUAAAUUAGUUGAUAAGUGGAAUAUCGAUUGGGAUCUAUUGAUUCAAGAAUUGAAUUCAUAAUUGCCAUCUGAUAUUAAAGUUAAUGCAAUCAAACAUGUAACCCAAUCUUUUAAUGUAAAACACUAAGCAGAUUAAAGAAUGUACAAUUACAUAUCACCCUCAUUUUCAACUGUGGACUAUGUUUAGAAUAUAUGCAAUUAGUACUUAGGAACACAUAACUUCCACAAUUACACCUCCAAAAAAGAAUACAAUGAUCCUUCAUCAAAAAGAUUUAUACAGGAUUUCAGGGUUCAAAAUCUCAAUUUUCACAACGAGAACUAUCUUAAGUUCACCAUUCUUGGAAAUAGUUUCAUGUACCAUUAAAUCAGAAAAAUCAUAGGAACUAUUUAUUAAAUCGUGUAGGAGAAAAAAGACCUAUCCUUCAUUCAGGAUACUUUCUCACAACAGUAGCACUCUCUAUAUAUUGCUCCAUAAUAAGGUUUGUACUUAAGGGAAAUCAAAUUUACAGGAUAUAACAUGAAGAAAGAUAUCCCAUAGAAAUUGGAGACAGAUUUCAAACAAUAGAAAUUAAUUGAUGCAUUUGAAGACCAACUAAUCUAAUAUAUAUGUGAGCAGUACGAAUCCUAUAACAUUUUUGAGGAAUGGUAUAAAGAGAUAUAAAAACAUAAACAAUGA